GUACAUUUGUGGUGGAGCACUACUCUUCUGCAAAUGGGAGGAACAUUGGUCAUUCAUGGAUGCGUCGUACUUCUGUUUCAUAUCACUGAGUACUAUUGGUUUUGGAGACUUGGUGCCUGGUGACAAGAUAUACGGACGUGGAACAGACUUUUCCAAAGACGUUCUAGAACUGAGUUUCGUCUUCUGUUCCAUAUAUCUUAUGAUGGGAAUGGCGUUGAUUGCAAUGUGUUUCAAUCUCAUGCAGGAGGAAGUUAUCCAUAAAAUCCGCUCAAUAAUAGAUACCAUAAAAUACAUUUUGCGUUGCAACAGAUGACGAUCGCAGCAAUGAAAAUACUUGUUUCCCUUGAUGAGGUUUACAUCGUUUGCGGUUCUCUUCAAACACCGGUAUAAAAACAAAACAGUGUCACCCUCGCAACAAUAAACCCAAAAUGGAAUUAUCGAGCAAAGUGGACUAUAAAACAUUUAAUCCCCUCCAGCAUAAAUUGGGAGAUCGUUUGGUGGAGCUGUCGAUUGGGGACUACGAAACAGAGAGGAAGGACUAUUGUGACGACAUGAGGAAAAUCGUGAUGAACUCCUAGUUUUUGGGAAAUAAAGUUGCACUUCACCAGUUGUGGCAAAACAUUGUAGAUAAGUGUAGAACAAAUUUUAUAUGUUUUCAUUAAAUUCAAAAGUGAUGGGUG